CUGGGUUACCGUAUAUCUUCAUCACUUCCGGUGCGCACCGUAAUCACCUGUGACGGAGCGACACAGUGCGGCGCUGUACCGGAUUACACGGUACAGCCGCCAGCCAGGUAACCCAAGCCUACUAUGAUGGAAAGCCCAGCUGUUUUGCUUGAGUCCAAAUCCUUGCAUGUCCACCUUAUGAAUGAAAUGCACCAACUUCGUCUGCACGGCCACUUGUGUGAUGUGACGGUAGUAGUCGAAGAACAGGGGUCCAGAGUAGAGUUCAGCGCCCACAAAUCUGUCCUCGCUGCCUCCAGUAGAUACUUUAAGGAGGUUUUUAUGAAUGACGCUAAUAUGGGUGGCACCAUUGUGCUGAAUGAAAUAACCGCUGCUGACUUCUCCUCGUUCCUGGAGUUUGUGUACACGGCUCGGAUAGAAGUGUUUGAAGACCAACUGCAACGGAUGAUUGACCUUGGACAUAAACUGAAAUGUGUUGACCUUGCAGAAACUUGCAUGCAGCAUAAAAAGCAGCUGGAGGAGUCCGUCUGGUUGGACUUGCAAAAUAUUGUUGAAUCCCAGGAGACAGAAGGGGAUAUGCAAGAACUGGCAAAUUCUGUCCAUGAGAUCCACAACAAGGAGGUGGCUCCAGUAACCAAUACUACCACAGACAAUCCAAGUGCGCCGGAAGGUAAUACUGGAAGCGAGUUGUGUCCAGAAUCAACCACGGUUGAUGAAAAUCCCUCAAAUCCUCCAAACCCCAAAUCCAGAAGAUCAAGCGGUCGCCUAGCUGGUAAAAAAGCUGUCGUUGAAAUUCCUAAGAAAAAGUAUACUCGGCGUCUCCGAGAGCAGCAGGACAGUGAAGAAGUCAGCUCCCCGUUGAAUGGCCUAGGAAAUGAAGGAAGCUCAUGUAACGAAGAACCUAUGGAUGAGCAGACUGACUGCAGCAUAAAAGCAGAAGAUGACGAUGAAGACAGUCCGUGUGAACUGGACGAGAGUGACAGAAAGUCAAACGAGGAAGGCAACAAAACCGGCGACGGGUAUAUGUGCCGCAUCUGUGUGGAGAACUUUACAGAUGAAAAAAGUUUCUUGAAACACUCCAAGCAGAACCAUGGCAGCUCUGAAGAGGUUUAUUUGUGUGAGAUUUGCAGUCAGACUUUUGCCAAUAGGUGCAAUUUGAAAAGCCACCAACGUCACGUGCACAGCAACGAUCGGCAAUUCCCCUGUGAACUUUGUGGGAAAAAGUUUAAAAGGAAAAAAGAUAUUAAGAGGCACAUUCUGCAGGUCCAUGAAGGUGGAGGAGAAAGACACUUCUGUCAGCUCUGUGGGAAGGGAUUAAGCUCCAAAACGGCUCUGAGGCUCCACGAGAGAACGCACACGGGGGACAAACCUUUUGAAUGUAACCAGUGUGACGCGAAGUUCUCCCAGACGUCUGCCCUUAAAACGCAUAUGAGAAUCCACACCGGAGAGAAACCCUUCGUCUGUGAAGAGUGCGGGGCCAAGUUCACCCAGAAUCACAUGCUUAUUUAUCAUAAAAGGUGUCACACAGGAGAGAGGCCUUUCAUGUGCGAGACCUGUGGGAAAAGUUUUGCCUCCAAGGAAUAUCUGAAGCAUCAUAAUCGCAUACAUACUGGAGCCAAGCCGUUUAGAUGUGACAUCUGCUUGAGGACAUUCGCUCAGAGGAAUUCUCUCUACCAGCAUAAUAAAGUUCACACUGGGGAACGUCCAUAUUGUUGUAAACAGUGUGGAAAGCAGUUUACUCAGCUGAACGCACUACAGAGGCACAACCGGAUCCACACGGGAGAGAAGCCUUUCAUGUGCAUCGCAUGUCAGAGGACCUUUACAGACAAAUCCACUCUCCGCAGACACACCUCAAUCCAUGAUAAAAAUACGCCUUGGAAAUCAUUCCUAGUUGUUCUAGAUCCAAAAGCUGAAGAAGGACAGAAAUCAGACGUCACCGAAGAUGAUGGCGAAGAGUCCCCAAAACCUGCAGAAAAGCUAAAUUACACAGAGAACGGUCACUACCAGAACUUGACUGUGGUGCCAGGAACUGUGGAUUUAUUGCAGGAAAACACUACCUCCAUUCUAGGCUGCAAGACAGACUGCACCAUAAUACCUCAAGAGGUGUACAUAGCCACUUCACUUAGCCACCUGACUGUCCUCCACACGCAGACUGAAUCUAUUCAGGCAAUGGUCAACUUGGAGUAAUCCAGUCACGACUGCUGCAAGUAGAUGGGGCGUGGUGAUGGGGGCUAGGACGAGAUCACUUCUAGAAGCCGUCUUACCAUUUUACCUCAUUUUGUAAGAUUCCAGAAACUUUUUGGUGCACCAAGGGAAUGCUCAAUUAUUUUUGUAUGCAAACAAAAUUUUUUUUUUGUUCAUUAAUCAAGAAUGAAUUUCUAUUCCAGCCAGUGCUGCGUCUGUUCCUUUAAAAGCUGUUGGGGCUUAGUACAUUAGUACAUCAUGAAGCAUUGUUCUGGGGAAGUUGUAAGCCAGGUACCUUUUACUUAAUUCAUUUGAUGGAAAGUACCCCCAAAGCUGUGAUCAUACACUCUGCACAUUAACAGCACAAUAUAAGGACAAUGUAUGUGCCUCACCCCCCCCCCCGGUAUGCGAUGUACCACCUUGGGUUCAUGUACCACAGAACCUAUAAUAUAGAGUUUCCUGUGGUCACUGAGGAGGAUGGUGACAAUAAAUUUAGUGAUUUCUCAAUUCAUUAAAAGGUUUAGACAUUUAUGUAAUGUCCAUCAGAAGAGCAUGGAUCCCGUAACUCAGUAGAAGCUGUGCACGAGAUCCUUCGAUCCUGGCCAUCUAGCCACUUAUAUGGGAACAGUGCUGACCAUGGUAUUUAAGUAGUUUACAAGUGUUAUUAAAAAAAAAACACAAAAAGUUUGUCCUUUACAAAAUAUUUUCUUAUUUAAAAAAAAUAACGUAAUAAAGUACCCAACUAUUGUAUGAAAAUAAAUGACAACUCAUCCUCCAAAAACAAACUCGUAAAGCCCUGUGGGCUGUAAAAAGAAAAUAAAUAAAUAAUGGCUCUCAGAAUGUGGCAACACAAAAGCAAAUGAUUUUAAUAAGUACUUUAUAUUGCCAUAACGCUCUAAAUUUGGUAUCAUUGUAAUCACACUGAUCCACAGAAUAAUGUUUUAUUUAUGACACAGAGUGAUGGUCAUGUUUCUCAGAAAGCAGUGAUUACUUAAAAAAAAAAUAAUAAUGCAUUUUUAAAGGGAUUUUCCAGGAUUUUUAUAUUGAUGGCCUAUCCUCAGGAUAGUCCAUCAAUAUCAGAUUAGCGGCAUCCGCAUUGACUAGCUUUUCCCGAGGUAACUGGUGCUGGAAAAAGAUGCCGUCCAUUGUGUAGUGGAUAUAGCAGGCUACUGCAGUGCUGCUCCCCCUCGCUUCGAGGGGAGCAGUGCUUCAGUUACCAGUUCUGGCCACUUCAGCCACCCUGCAGAGUAAGAAGUGAAACUGUUGCUGAAGGAGACUCAUGCUUAGCCAAAAUGCUGAUGGACCAGGAGACUACUGACCAAUGUUUGGAGGCAAGGGAUGAUGUGGAGAAACGUGUAAUGCCACAACGAUUGGAAGUGAUGAGAAGAAUGAGAUUGGGGUCGCAAUCGCAAUAUAUAUAGGUGAGCAGAACAAGUAAAGGGGGAAAUGUUGCAGCGAUGGCUGCCUAUUUGAUACCAUAGAAAAUAAACUAUUGUCCAUAACUGGUUGUCCCACUUGUUU